AUGUCCCCUUCACAGAACGGUCCCUCACACGACAUGGACCCUCCCGUAAACCAUACAAAUCAAGACAAGCCCUCAACAAGAAGACAUCCACUUGCUGAGAUCCAACCAAGAACUUCUCCCUCAUAUGCGCGUGGUCAAUCUGGUCGACAGCAAAGCGAGCCAAUCUCAACCUCGCGUCGGAUCCCCCACCAUGAAUCCCUCAAACCUGAAUGCAACCUUUCAGUCCAAGAAAAACUGUUGAACAAAGUGCCAGUGAUUGAAAACAAGCGUCUAUCCGUUGUCAUCGACGAUACUGUCCCAAGCAAUCGCGAUUCACAAGUUUCAACCUCAUCAGCAACCUCGGCAACUGCAAAGUCCAAGAGAAAAACACAUGUCGGACCAUGGCAACUGGGGAAAACACUUGGAAAAGGUGCGACCGGACGCGUUCGCCUUGCAAAACAUGCUUUGACUGGCCAACCAGCUGCAGUCAAGAUCGUAUCAAAGAAGUCUGCUGCAUUGGUUCAAAGUGCUAGUAUGGCUCGAAUGGAUCGUGAGGAUUCAGCUGCUGUUGCGGCUGGCUUACGAACAAUGCCCUUUGGUAUCGAGCGCGAAGUCGUCAUCAUGAAACUGAUCGAGCACCCCAACAUCAUCAAUCUGUACGAUAUCUGGGAGAAUCGCGGCGAGCUCUACUUGGUCCUUGAAUAUGUUGAGGGUGGCGAGCUUUUUGAUUAUGUCUCGGGUAAUGGAGCACUCCCAGAAGGAGAGGCUGUUCGACUCUAUCGUCAGAUCGUUGCCGGACUGUCAUACUGUCAUCGUUUCAACAUCUGUCACCGUGACCUGAAACCAGAGAACUUGCUCCUCGAUAGCAAUCGAAACAUCAAAUUGGCUGACUUCGGAAUGGCUGCCCUUCAACCCGAGGGGAAGUGGCUGAACACAUCAUGUGGUAGUCCACAUUAUGCAGCCCCAGAAGUCGUCAAUGGACAACAAUAUCGAGGUGAUAAGGCCGACAUUUGGAGCACAGGAAUCAUCCUAUUUGCGAUGCUGAAUGGAUUUCUGCCUUUCGACGGUGGCAGUCUGGGCAAAACUCUGAGCCUUGUCAAGAAAGGCGAGUAUUAUCUGCCUCCUUCCCUGAGUGUUGAAGCAUCCGACCUCAUCCAACGCAUUCUGCAAAAGCGGCCUGACAAGAGAAUUUCCAUGGAGGACAUAUGGAAACAUCCGUUGAUGCGCAAGUAUGAAAUGUAUCAUACGAGCCUGUCUGCACCCCAACCACUCAUAGGUGCAGCACCACCGCCAGAGAUCCACACACAGUCGAAGCGUGUUUCUCGUCGCUCCGAGAUUGAUACUGAGGUUCUUCGGAGUCUGUCAACUUUGUGGCAUGGUGAGAACGAAGAUGAGUUGAUUCGGAGACUGAUGAAUGAAGGACCCAACCACGAAAAGCUUUUCUACUGGGCAUUGAUCAAGUUUCGUGAUGAUCAGCUCGAGAAUUAUCCUGGUGACCCUCUACAUUACUCUACAAGUGAUUACCAUCAUGUUACUAGACCAGUCCCAAAGCAAGCGAAGAAAUCGGGCACCAGAGGUCAUGCACGACGGACUUCCCAGUUUUCCAUUGUCAGUGAUGACAAUAAGAGAGAGGGCUACUAUAAACAUCCGGCCACUGCAGCGAGCAAGACUACUCAGAGUAGUUACGAUCCUUUCCGCGCCUCAAGAACUCCCCUUGGAGACGAUGGCUAUAAUUCUGCGAUGCGCCGUCGACCCAUGACCAAUGUUGGUCGAUCUAUGAGCUCGGUAGGAAGUCUGAAACGUGCUGCUAGUGGUCGGUAUCCAGACGAUAUUCCAGUCCUACCCACUUUCACUUCCGAAGAACUCGAGAAGCUGAUACAGAAGAAACGUGCAUCAUACUCGACAGCCACUUCUAGGAGCUCUUUGUCGAGCAUGAGACGUCGUCCAGGUAUCAGAAAAUCUGUGAGCUAUAAGCGUAGAAUCAGUUUUCAACAUCCCCGAAGACAAGGAUCAAAUGAAGACGCAAAUCGUCGCUUAUUCUACGAGACCGGUCCUAUAGAUCGCCUCCCUACUCGAAGUACUAUUGAUCACAUCUCCGAAGGUCAUAGUCAAAGUACGCCCAGUCUCCCCAGUCCACCGCAGGCUUAUCGUCCACGAAAAUCUACUUCUGAUGUCGACGUCAAGAAUUCUCGUGUUGCAAGCCACUAUUGGAAGGAUGACACCCGAAAAGUUGGCGCCGAGUUGGGCAAAAUCUGUGAAGAAGCCUUCAAUCGAUCUUCAGUAUCGACUGUCAGCGAGACAAGCCCAAUUCAACCUGUGCAAUCAUCGAUUACAUCGGUGUCCGCUCAUAACCCUAACGUUCCUUCCAGCAUCCGAGAUAGACCACUUCCUGCAACCCCAAUCUUGCAUGAACUUCUUGAGCGGCGGGAGGAAAUCGUUCAAACUUGGGGCGAUGCUGAACCGACCGUGCUUGCUGACGUGUUGGCCGCUCUCGAUAAAAGAAUUGACGCUGAGAUCGACAAGCAGAGAAGCUUCGAGAAGCGAGCUGCUUCAGAUCCAACAUCCAACACUGCGACACGUCAUUAUCGUUCGACAUCACCAACCAACACUAUUGACGACUUGAAGCACAACCGUGUUGGAAACACUCGUGCUGCGUCUGAUCCCGUCCAAUCCAACACACCUCAGUACAAAAACGGGAAAACCAUUCGACUGGUGACACCUGACCCAAGUUCACCGCUCACUCGUGUUGAACCUCUGAAAAUUCGCAAGAACAAAGCUGCACCGAUCAACUCCUUGAGAGGAGGGCCCUCCGAGUCUACAAGAUUGAUGUAUGAACGUAGCGGUUAUGAUCAACGUCUAGCCCCGAGGAGAAAUGGCUUGGAUACGAUCGAUGAGAAUCCAGGAUCUCCAAAGCGAAGACCGCAAGGUACGAGUUCUGCUACAACCAGAAAAUGGUCAUGGCUGGCGAAGCGUUCAUCUGUUCCACGAGACCCGCAAGAACGCCUUGAAGCAGCUGAGGAUGCCGACGAGAGUUCUGAACAUCAAGGGUCUCAAGUGGUGCAACCAAGCGGUUCUACCAACUCUUCAAGUCUUUCAAGGCAACGUGUCAGUGAUUCUGAAAUGGCUGAGAUGGAGUUAACUAUAACGCAAAAGCGAACUUGGUUUCAGAAAAUGUUCGGAAAGAACACAAGAGGCAGGGAUAACCUUCCAGUAAUGACUGGCCACCACCGCAUUGUGCAGGACUCGACAGACGAUUCCGAGUCUCAUGAAUUCGGAAUUCAAGAGAGGGCCGAGAAUGGCGAGAAUGGGAAGGGGAAGACGGCGGUACGCAGAACGUAUCAACCUGCCACAAGUGUUGACGCUGCCAUUGCCGCUGCAGCAUCGCGCCCGAUUGAGAUUAAUCAAAAUUGGUUCGCAAGAUUGUUCAAUGUCCGACCAGCGACUCGAGUACUCUGUCUUGUGAUCACCAAAACCAGAGCCAGGAGAGAACUUCUGAAGAUCUUGAACCACUGGCAUCAAUACGGACUGAGAGAUGUUGUUACCGAGCGACGAGCAGGUACUGACAUUAUUCGAGCACGCCUGGACGCUGAAAAUUAUCUGUCUCUCAAGCCCGUUCAUUUUCACGCAUAUUUGUACUCGGUACUUGAACACGGCCGGAAAGCCAACUUAAGUGUUAUCAAAUUGACUCAAGAGAAGGGUGCGGCGAGCACGUUUGUCAAUAUUCAUGAGGUCCUUGAGAACAAUUUUCGCAAUCGCAGCCUUUUGGUGCUUGACCGGGCACGCAAGAAGGGCAUUGAGCGAUCUUUGAAGGAGGCCGGGUUUUGGUAA